AUGUCUGUCGUCGAUAUCGAGAAAUUCUCUCAAAAGCCGCCAGCUGGCUCCUUCGACUCAGGCUAUGAGUGCUCCAGGCUUCCUUCCCUUCAGAACGCUACUCAGCCCACAAGCCCAGUCAGAUCAAUCUCAGAAUCCGGCACAGUCGAACUAUUGACCUACGAACACCAAUAUUCAGACGGGGGGUUAAAAGCCAACCUUACAGUCCUCGGCGCCUUCAUCGCACUGUUCUGCACGUUUGGCCUCCUGAACGCGUUUGGCACCUUCCAAGCGUGGUACACGACCCACCAGCUGCAACAUAUGUCGCCAUCGACAAUUUCCUGGAUUGGUUCAUUGCAGCUGUGGGUGUUCUUCUUCUCGGGUUGGCCUAUUGGGCGUGUGUUUGACUCAUAUGGACCUACUUGUUUGAUGGUAGCCGGAACGCUCUGCUACCUUGUUAGCAUCCUGGCGACAAGUUUCUCUGUCCACUACUAUCAAUAUGUCCUGUCGCAGGGAAUUUUAUUUGGCCUGUCGGUCGGGUUGCUAUUUUACCCAUCGCUCGCCAGCAUCUCGACCCACUUCUUGAAAUACCGUGCCACUGCGAUAGGGAUUGCUGUGGCCGGGUCUGGUCUAGGUGGCGUUGUAUACCCCAUCGUUCUGCAACAUCUCUUUGAAACAGUCGGAUUCGGGUGGGGAGUCCGAAUCUCGGGCUUGGCUAGUUUGGCAGGGUGUGUAGCUUCAACAUUGACCGUGAAAAGUGCACCCAGCCCAACGCAACCUGGCUCCUGUCCUAACCUGAAAAUACUCCCGGAUGCUCGAUUUUCUCUCCUAUCAGGGGGAAGCUGCCUAGCCGCUCUCGGUUUCUUCAUCCCCUUCUUUUACAUCGUAGAUUACGCUCGCCACCUCUCCAUCUCAGAGCACACAUCUUUCUACGUGCUGGCAGUCCUCAACGCAGGCGGAGUUCUGGGACGCAUAGCCCCUGCUGCCCUAUCCGACACCAUCGGCUGCUUUAACCUCCUCGCCCCUUCAGCGUUCCUCUGCGGCCUGUCAUGUCUCAUCCUCUGGUUCGUGACUGCUAAAUCCCUUGCGACAUUGAUGCUUUUUGCUGCGAUCUAUGGGUUCUUUUCCGGCGCUUUUAUCUCACUCGUCAAUCCUUGUGUAGCGCAGAUCUCCCAUAUAAGGCAGAUCGGGACGAGGAUUGGGAUGUUGUACAGCAUGUUAUCAUUUCCAUCUCUUCUUGGUAGUCCCGCAGCAGGCGCUCUUCUUAGCAGAGGCCACGGGUCUUUUGACGGACUAAUCAUUUUCUCCGGGUCGACAAUCAUAGCUGGCUCGCUCCUCAUCCUGGUGGCAAAACUACUUAUAGAACCACGGCUAUUUGCUCGUGUCUAA